AUGACGGCGGAAGCCUCUCCCCGCCACAGGGCGGCGGGGAAGGGCAGGCUCUGCUACCAGUGGCUGACAGCGCAGGUAGAGGAGGGGCAGCAGCUGGGGGAUCCGCAAGAAAGCGGCAAGAACGGGAUCGGGCCGGGGUCCGCACCCCUGAACGCCCCGCCCCACCGCGAGGUGGGGGAGAAGCAAGAGGCCCGCUGGCAGAACGAGAAGAGCGGUCCCAUUCACGUGGAAUGUCCCCACUCCCUUCGGUAUUUCCAAACCGCUGUGUCUCUGCCCGGCGGCGGGGAGCCCCGCUACAUCAACGUGGGCUAUGUGGACGACACGGAGUUCGUGCGCUUCGAUAGCGCCUCGGGGAGUCCGAGGAUGGAGCCGCGGGCGCCGUGGGUGGAGCAGGAGGGACCCGAGUACUGGGAGCGGGAGACGCGGGUAGCCAAGGACAAGGCACAGUGGUACCGAGUGAACCUGAACACCCUGCGCGGCUACUACAACCAGAGCGAGGCGGACUCUCACACCAUCCAGAAGAUGUCUGGCUGCGACGUGGGGUCCGAAGGGCGCCUCCUGCGCGGGUACCAACAAUACUCCUACGACGGCGCCGACUACAUCGCCCUGAACGAGGACCUGCGCUCCUGGACGGCGGCGGCGGGCACGCAGGCUUGGCGAACCCAGCGCAAGUUCGAGCAGGGGGGUGAGGCUGAGUACAAGAGGGACUACCUGGAGAACACCUGCGUGCCUUGGCUCCUCAGAUACCUGGAGAAGGGGAAGGACACGCUACUCCGCGCAGAAGCCCCCAGAAGACACAUAACCCGCCACCCUUUCUCUGACCAUGAGGUCACCCUGAGGUGCUGGGCCCUGGGCUUCUACCCUGCCGAGAUCACCCUGACCUGGCAGCGUGAUGGGGAGGACCUGACCCAGGACACAGAGCUGGUGGAGACCAGGCCUUCGGGGGAUGGAACCUUCCAGAAGUGGGCAGCUGUGGUGGUGCCUUCUGGAGAGGAGCAGAGAUACACGUGCCGUGUGCAGCACCAGGGGCUUCCGGAGCCUGUCACCCUGAGAUUGGAGCCCCCUUCUCAGUCCACCAUCCUCACUGUGGGCAUCAUUGUUGGCCUGGCUCUCCUCGGGGCUGUGGUCACUGGAGCUGUGGUGGGAGCUGUGAUCAGUAGGAGGAAGCGCUCAGGUGAGAAAGGAGGAAAGUACACUCAGGCUGCAAACAGCGACAGUUCCCAGGGCUCUGAUGAGUCUCUCAUGAAUAUUAAAGUGUGAGACAGCUGCCCUGCUGGGUUUCCUCACAUCCCAGUGUUGUGACUCAAGAACUACUGAUUGUCUUUCUGCCUUGGGACCUG